GAAAAGACACUGCCAAGGACCUUGCAAGCAGCAAAAGACACCGCAGCAGAGAAGCAUCCAAAUGGGAUGCCAAGUGCUACAGUGUUUAAAUGUUGUUGCCGCUGCAUGCACUCGAAUGUGCAAGCUCAGGGACUUAAUACGGGAAAGGGCCAUACAACAGCCAAAAUUUGAUUUGCUGGUGCCUAAUGGCGGCAUUCUAAGUUUGCUUAAUUUCACUAGGUUUGUAGGGGACUGUUCGGGAAGCGGGGAUCUGAAGCAUAGUAUAUAUAUGUUGGGGAAAGGGCAAGCUCUUGCCAUGCCUUACAUCUGCGAUAUGUAUGGUCCUAGAGGAGAGGUUCCCAAUUUUGCAUGCUGCUACGUUGGCCAAAGCCUUACAUGUGAGGCUGAAAGUAGGUUGCUAAGUAUGACAAGAUCCUCAGGAAGCAUGACAGAAGCAUUGUGUAUGUAGUGCUUGGAUAUUUAGGAGGCUUUGCAAGCUUCUUGAAAUGCCAGCAUGGGCAAUGAUAGCAAUUUCUGGUCUUUACAAUAUGAGGGGCUGUGCAGAAAUCCCAGAUUUUGAGGAAUGUCGAUGAUAGUAUUGCUGCACUUAGCAUUACCACAAAUCAAUCAUGAGGAAGGGUUCACACUCUGAUUCUCAGUUGUAGCUUAUUUACCGCUGUCAAUUUAUAGAUUCUAAUAGAUAUCCUACGCAGCUGCAGGCUCUGCAUUUGAAUGCACAAAUUUGUGACUCCCCGAAUGUGUGUAAGGCUGUGAAGUU